AUGGCAAACAAGCUUGGCAUAUUCCCGGCCUCUGGCGGCCUUGGAGGUAGUACCCUUAGGCACCUCCUCCGGCAAGUCCCGGCCAAUGAAGUGGUGCUCGUCGCUCGCAGCCCAGAGAGACUCAGCAAUGAGGAAGCUGCUGGGGCUAUUAUUCGCAAGGCCGAUUACGACAUUGUCCAGACGCUCGAACACUCGUUUGACGAAAUUUCGUCUUUGAACUUGAUCUCCUAUGCUAGCAUUCAACACGAGCAUCGAUUCAAUGCACAUAAAUCCGCAAUUGAUGCGGCUCGAAAGAGUGGUGUUAAGCAUAUCUUUUAUUCGUCUCUUGCGUUUGCUGGUGAUGGAAAUCCUGAUACUAAGGCCCAAGUCAUGCUUGCCCACCUUGCGACGGAGAAAUAUUUGGCCCAGCUACAUGACCAGAACCCACAGUUUACGUACACUGUCAUUCGCGAAGGGUUGUACUCAGAGUCUUUCCCACUAUAUACUGCCUUCUUCGAUCUGAAAGCUCCGUCCAACGAAAUUUGUAUCCCCCACGACGGCUCGGGCCCCGGCAUUGCUUGGGCUAAGCAAGAUGAGUUGGGGGAAGCAACCGCAAAUCUUAUUGCACAACACGCCCAAGACCCCGCUGCUUUUCCUUAUUUAAACAAAAUCGUCCUUCUAUCUGGCCCUCGUGCUUUGUCUCUCAAUGAAACGGCGGAGGUAUUCAGCCGCGUGCUGAAUAAGACAAUUAAGGUCCGCCAGGUAUCCGUGGACGAAUACGUCAAACAGCCACAGGUCCAGUCUGGUCUCACAUAUGGUGGUGGAAACUGGGCGCCUCUCUGGGCGACUGCUUUUGAUGGGAUCCGCGAUGGGGAGUGUGCAGUAGUUACCCCACAUCUGGCUCAAAUACUUGGCCGCGAACCCGAGCAGUUUGAAACAACUAUCAAGAAUAUGGUUUUGACCUAA